AUGUCACGGAAUUCGCGUCACGAUCGAUAUCAAGGACAGAGGAGCGGUGAGAGUGCUAGGUAUAGACGCCAAGAUGCAUAUUGGGACUAUGACUCUGUCGAACCCACGCACAAUUAUCAGUACAAUCCAGUCGAGCCCUCAUACAACCAUCAGUUCAAUUCAUACCGACCAAGCCAUGGCCAUAGCGAGCGAUACCACUAUGCAUCGACCAGCGCAAGCCACAAUCACGGACAAGACUACCACCGUGACGGAGACCACACGCAAAGUUUUGCCCAGUACUACGGGGGCAUGUACGGACAGACAUCCCAACAUGAAGAAUACUCUCGCCGACAUGAUGUUUAUAUCCCUGACAGUCGUCGAUAUCAUGAUACGAGCCAUUCAAAUUAUUCUACGCAUAAUGAUCGCCGUCGUGCGCACAGACGGCGCAGUGAAAGCCCACAACGAAACUUGCACACGCGUGCACAGUUCAACUCGGCCUCGAGCCCCGCUCCAGCACCGUAUGUUGCUCCUCCUUCUUUUCGCCUGCCCCCAUCAUGGCCUACCUCCGGUCCGGCAACCCCCGCCAGUACUCCUCCUCCCUCCCAUCCCUCAACAUCUGCGCCACCCACUGGACCACGUGGUAAUCGCUCAGCUCCAGUCCCAUCAAGUCCAUCUCCUUCCUACCUUGCUCUUUCCCUAGAGCCUUCCACCUCGAUACCCCAUUCUUCCGAUUCGCGAAAACUACUUAUUCUCGAUUUGAAUGGCACCCUCCUCAUCCGUUCACAACACCACAGCAAGCGCCGCGUCGUGCUACCUUCGGCUGCAGAAUCUCAGAGCGGUUCACAAGCUUUUCUUGAUGGCAAUGUGUCUUCUAUUGAUCCUGCGCUGAUACCUACUGGUCCCGCCCCGCGUCUUCGAGCAGUGCAGCCUCGUCCUUACAUCCCCACUUUUCGUGCCUAUCUCUUCGCGCCCGAAACGAAAGCAUGGCUUGAUACCAUGGUCUGGUCUUCUGCGCAGCCACACAGUGUUGUCGACAUGGUGGACAAGUGUUUUGGAAAGAGUAAGGCAGAAUUGGUAGCCAUAUGGGAUCGCGGGAGUUUGGGUCUUGGGAAAGACGAUUACUUCAAGAAAACUCAGACUACAAAGGAUUUAGUGAAACCAUGGGCGAAGCUAUCGUCUGAUGCCGCAUUACCGGUCGUUCACUCCGCACUUACCACUCUCCUCCUAGAUGAUUCUCCCCUAAAGGCGAGACUUCAGCCAUACAACCACGUCUGUAUACCCGAAUACGACUCUAAGCUUAGAGGGAAAGAUCUCCUCGCACUGGAAAAACUUUCAAAGGCGAAAGGCGCGAAAAUGGUUGGUUCGGCCACGCAUACAUCGCUAUCAAUGGAAAUACCCCAAUCGUCUUCUGAUAUGCUCGUUGUCCCAAGUGGUACACAGCAUGAACUGGGCGCAACAAACAAGAAGAAACGGAAAAAUAAGAAACAGAAGAGAGCCGAGAUGGAGUCCUCAACGCCUGGUGAUAGUACACCUGCGUUCACGGAUAAUUCUCGAUGUAGUUCGGUAGAGGUAGCUCGACUUUUAGAACUAGGAGACUCUACCACUUCGGAAGAACGAGAACCAUCUCCGGACGAGUCGUGCUUACCCCAGGAAGAGCCAUACGAUCCUACUCUUCUCGCUGUCAUUGGUGUCCUUGAAGCGCUCAAGACCCAGAGUAAUGUUGCAGGAUGGGUACGGAGCGGUGGUCUUUGGGCAGGAAGGCGUCAGCAGCACACUGCUAACGCAGAAAUGUGCAUUGAGUCAUCUACUGAUAGCCACGAAAGCCAUUCUGAAGGCUUGAAGGACCAUGAAAUGGGCGGGGAAUCUGGCGGAAAGAAACGCUCGAAGGAGCUGAGGACUAGAGAAGAAAUUACCGCAGGGGCAGCUGCCGAUAUCCUCGCCGAGCUCAGUGGACGGGCAUCUAACAGUGAUGGUAGUCCGGGCCCACAGAGGAAAGUGAUUCAAACCGGAAAUGACGCAUCCACUGUUGGGACCAUGUCUCGAGAGGAUGCGUUGGACGUUCCCAUGUCGACUGAUGCGCUCGAAAAGGUCACAAAAUUGAAGAAUGAGUCGCAUGAUCCACCAACUAUGUGGUUUGAGGAUUCACUAGCUUUGGCUUAUUGGGUUACCGAGGGGCGAAGGGGGCUCGUGAAGCUAGGAAUCGAGAUCAAACAUGGCGUCGAAGGGUGA